AAUACAUCAGUCAUUAUAAGUACCUGAAUUUACCCCUCCAAGUAGUACAAACUUGAACCAGUUUACGAUGUUCAGAAGCAUUUCCGAAAUUGAAGAGUUCAAAAUGCGGCGAUAUACAAGCAGCAAAUCGGUACAGUCCAAGCUGUCGGAAGCAAGCAGUGAACGAGACCGUAAACAGUCGAAGAAAAUCAUCAUUCAUCCUCCAAGAUUGAAUGUGGAACUUUACAUCAUUAAUGAUCACACCAGAUAUUUCUUGCACAAGGGAGUCUUUCCAAUUUACAAACGAAUCAUAUAUUUCAAAAGAGCCUUACAAGGUUGUCUGAACAUAGCUAUCAACUCAAUCAGUGCCAUAGUGGACAAUGAGUUCGUCGAAAAUACCAAGAAAAUCAUCGACUUCCCUUACAACAAGUGUCUGCAAAUAGAAUUUCUAUUUAACAGAUACCUUUGCCCCAAAGAAUUAAGUGAGGCUCGCACCAAAAUUAUCAUACACCUGCAUAGGAAGAGGCCCGUCGAAAAACGAAUAAUAGUGGAAAUAUCUCCGGAGAAGGCUGUGGAGGUCAGCAUAGUCGAUAAGACGGUAAUGAAGCCGAACCUCGGCGGUUUCAAGGAUAUAAAUACCGACAUUGAAUACCACCACGCUUACUCCCAAACUGGACCUCCACCUCCCAAAAUUGAACCAGAACAGUUAAGAACUAGGGACGUGCAAACCGAAUUUAUGAGGAACCGGAAAGUCGUACAGAAGUACAGUCGAGCCCAACAAACCUGCACGAAAUCUUUGUGGAUGAAUUCGGACAGUGACCAACUCAAAAACAGCUUGCCAUAUGUGACUUCCGCGGUGUACCGUAAACUGUUAAACAUCGAAGGAAAGGUGAUGUUCAUUCAGAAGUGCUACCACGCACAUAUUAUCCGCAUCAAACUCUUCGAGCAAAGUGUCGAAUACCACAAGAGACGCACGCUGGAACAACGGAGAAGAUGCGAAGAAAAGAAGGAAAUAAUGGCCAGGAAGUGCACUUUGCUGAUUAAAAUCAGCACACCAAUCAAUCACGGCGACUAUGCGAUUUUAUAUUCUUUGGUGAACAAAUGGAAGGAGGCCGAGACCAAUUACAUCAACAGACAUUACUGCGGUCCUGCCAAAAUUGUACAACUAAAGGCCCUGCUGGAAAAAGAGUUGGAGAUUUUGAGCAGGAUGAAAACACUUGAGAACAACCACAUGGAGGACGCUACGACCAUGACUUAUUUAAAAUUCUUCAGAACCAUCGGCGAACCGAUUAAAUGGUACUCCAGGAAAAAUGGUCUGCCGCACACCUUGGACACCCUUCAAACGCAAGCUGCUAGAAGAUACAUAGGACUGAUAACCAAAGUCAUAGGCAUCGGUAAGGUGUCCAAGGAAGAGAAGUUGCUGAUUUACAAGGAAGUACUGGAUUACCUCAGAAAUCACUAUUGCGAGGACGCAAUGGAUUUGCGCAUCAGAUUGAACAGAGUCUGCGUGAUGAUUUCCAGGGACAUGCCGAAGGAUUCGUACCUCAUCGAGCAGAAGAUCAUCGAAGAGUACUUGGUGAAUCACUUGAAAAAUUACUCGUGCAACGAAGGCAUAACGUAUAGAAUGGACAAGUUAGCCGAAAAUCGGUGGCGUCACAAUCUUUACAGCUGCAUCUCCUGCCACAAGCUGGUCACCAUGGAUGAAUGUGCGAUAACUGGUAAAAGUUUGAAGCCGAAGUUCUGCAAAGUUUGUCACAGGUACAACAUGAGCGAACCGAAAGGCGACAUGUGCCCGUAUCAGUUUAUGCUGCAGGACAUAAGAAAGUACGAGAAGCUGCACUUCGGUAAAUCCAUCAUGGCUUAUAUACUGCGUGACAAGGACAUACAAUACAUAGUAGACAAGAUAUGGAACGGACACUCAUCCGUCUCUGAGGAAAAAGAUUUGUAUAAUUUGAAGUUGGUGAGGUUCUACAGGGACCAAGAUUGGAGUCCGUGGAACUGCAUCCUACUGACGCACAAGGAAGCUCGUGCACAUUUGAAAAUUGUAGACCUUAAGACUGUCUACGAUGAACAGUUCUUGAAUAAUGUCAUGAGCAAACAUUGUUUGGCUAAAUAUUAUUACAAACAUAUCCUUUUGAUCAACGAACGAUUCUUUGAGAAAGUUGCAAUCAAUCCUAGAUUGGAUGGGGAGAUGGAGUACUAUGAAUUUGAGAGAAUUUCUCCAGGAAUUCAGUUAUUAUAUCAGUGUCACUGAUGUUAUUAUUAUUAUAUCUAUAUAUGUAUUUUUUUAAGGGACAAAAUAUAUUGAUAGGGAGUAA